UCUCUAACUGCUGUACUUCCGGUACUUUGAAAUGACAACAUGUAGUGGAAUGAAUAACGUGUUAUAACUUUAUUUAAUGUCCACACUAUGAUUGAAUAAUGGCUUUUUUCCGCUGCUUAUCCUGGUUAUGUGUAGACACUUUUUUCCGUUAAUUAGCUUGAUUUUUGGCCAACAGUUUACCGGUUUGUCGGUGGUUGUUUUGAGUGAAUACUUGUUUUCUGUGGUAAUAUCACAAUGUUUACGACGGUGGCAAGGACUCGGAGUCCUUGGUUUUCUUCAUACAUGGAUGUAAAGUAUAUAUUGGCACAGACAUUCUUAAGAAACGUCUUGACCUUGCAUAGUGACAGUAAAUGUGUAGUUUCCGGUGGACUCAGAGGUUUCAGCUCGUCCUGUUCUCUGUCUGCAAAGACCAGAGGACCAACGAAGAAGAGAGAGGUGUCAGAAAAGAAACAGACCCGUUUCUUUGUAGACCAUCGUAAAGUGAUGCUGAUGGCUGGGUCGGGUGGGAAAGGAGCCUGCAGUUUUCACAGUGAACCUCGGAAAGAAUGGGGUGGACCAGACGGGGGAAACGGAGGGGAUGGCGGAAGCAUCAUCAUCAAGGCUAACAGGUUUGUUAAAUCCUUGGCUGAAGUAGUUCCGGUUUACAAGGGAGAGGAUGGGCAGCCAGGACGCAGCAAGAACUGUUAUGGGCGAAACGGAAACCCAAAAUAUAUUAACGUACCAUUAGGGACGGUGGUGAAGGAGCAGGGUAAAACAAUAGUGGACCUCUCUGAGCAUGGUCAGGAGUACCUGGCUGUAUUUGGAGGAGCCGGGGGGAAAGGAAAUCGCUUUUUUCUGUCCAAUGAGAACCGUUCCCCAAUGAACGCAACGCCAGGAGUCAAAGGCGAGGAAAGAGUCCUUCAGCUAGAAUUGCGCACCAUGGCCCACGCCGGACUGGUUGGGUUUCCAAAUGCUGGGAAAUCAUCACUAUUGAGAGCCAUUUCCAAUGCCAAGCCAGCUGUGGCCGCCUACCCUUUCACAACCCUUCACCCACAUGUAGGAAUUGUCAAUUACAGAGACCACGAGCAAGUUGCAGUUGCUGACAUCCCCGGCAUCAUUCGAGGAGCUCAUCUAAAUCGAGGCCUGGGCAUCUCUUUUCUGCGACACAUAGAGCGCUGUCGGUUUCUCCUUUUCGUUCUGGACCUUUCUGCUCCAGAACCUUGGACUCAGUUCCAACACCUGCGUUAUGAACUAGAUCAGUAUGAACCAGGUCUAUCCACACGGCCGCAUGCAAUCAUAGCCAACAAAAUGGACCUGCCGGAGGCCCAGGAGAAGCUUCAUACUCUAAAGAGCCUUGUAACCCACAGAGUUAUCCCUAUAUCUGCUCUGACAGGACAGAACACAGAGGAGCUUAUCCUCCAUCUCAGAGAACUGUAUGAUGGCUACCUCCUGGGUGAAGCAGGUGGGAAAGCAAAACCUACUGGGAUGUAGUAAUCCCUUUGUCUACUGAUAUUUAUAUGAUGUGCCAUAUACUGGCUGAGAUGGAUGUAUUUAAAUUGCUUAACCCUUUCAUGCAUGAAUUAUGUGAACCUUAGUUGAGUUUUUUUCCCUGAGUGUUUUUAUUUCUCUUUAGGUGUGAAAAAAACAAUGCGAUUGAAAUUUU